GUUAUCUCAAAGCCCAAGAAACCCUGGAACAGCAAGGCAAACAUACCAACCCUACGGCUCAUAUAAAACACCCACUCCCCAAUCCCCACACUCUACUCCUACUCCGCUCAGCUCUAGCUUCCCCACCACCACCACCACCCCCACCUCGCCGCCGGCCAUGUCGGCGCACGUCGCCGCCGCGCUCCUGCUCGCGCUGCUGCUCGCGCCCUCGGCCGCCACCGACGUGCCGUCGUACCCGCUCUCGCAGGCGCAGUCCCCGGCCAACACCUCCUCGGGCGGCUCCACGUCCCCGCCCUGCCACCUCGACCUCUCCGCGGAGCUGUUCGGCGGCGUGGCCGCGGCGUGCGGCGCGGGGGGCGGGCCCGGCUCGCUCGACCGCGGGAGGUGCUGCCCCGUCCUCGCCGCCUGGCUGUUCGCGGCGCACGCGCGCACCGCGCUGUCCGUGCCGGCCCCGGCCCCGGCGCUCGCCGGGGAGGGCCUCGACGGCGGGGAGGACGAGCCCAUGGUGCCCUACGACAACCAGCGGUGCGUGGACGCGCUGGGGUCCGCGCUCGAGCGGCGCGGGGUGGCGCUGCCCCGCCCGAACGCUACGUGCGACACCGUGCUCUGCUUCUGCGGCAUCCGGCUCCACCAGAUCGGCUCGCUCCGCUGCCCCGCCGCGUUCGCCGUCGGCGGCGGCGGCGCCGCGGCGGCCAAGAACGCCACGCCGACCGCCGCGGUGAAGGAGCUGGAGAAGAGCUGCCGCAACGCCUCCUACGCCGGCUGCUCCCGCUGCGUCCAGUCCCUGCAAAAGCUGAAGGGGAACGUGAGCCGGGAGGUCGCCGGCGGCGACCGGGCGCGGCGGAUGCUGGGGCGCGACUGCCAGCUGAUGGGGCUGACGUGGCUGCUGGCCAAGAACAAGACGGUGUACAUCCCCACCGUGUCCGCCGUGCUGCGCGCCAUGCUCUACAGCGCGCGCCCCACCGAGUCGGCGGCGGCCGGCGGCGCGCCGCCGCGGUGCAGCCCGGACCAGGAGAACAUGCCGCUCGCCGUCGACUCGCUGCAGUUCGAGCGCGCCAGCGCCACCAGCUCGUCCGCCGCCGCCACCGUCCUCCGCGGCGGCGGCGCCGGUGUCGUCGUCAGCCUGCUGCUCGGCUGCCUCGUAGUCUUCGAUGUGUUCUUGUAAAUUAAGGGUGGCAACUGAUUAAUUUAAGAACCUAAGCCUUGUCGAUAAUCGAUAGUGUUUAAUUUUGUAGGCGUUGUUAGUUAAUUAGUAGCUUCUGUUGCAUAGUAUUAGUGAGCCUGCGGAUUAGCAGACGUGGCAUCGGAUGCUAUGAGAGUGAGAUGUGAUUUGGCAGUGUUUAUGCGUCUCUAAA